GCAACUUUGAAAUUAAUUUGGAAGAUAACUACUCCUAUUUUUUAAACAUUAUCAUAAUUACGUACACACCCUCUUGCCUCCUGGUGCCAUUGUUUAAAAGAUUCUCUCAAUUCAAGAAAGCAAUGAGUAGGUUUAACCCAAAAAGGACCCCACGUUUCGAGUUUUUCAACAAGCCUAAAAGAAGGGUCUUUGGGCAGAGAGAUAUUUGAUUGUGUGUAUUAGCAGUAAGCGACCACCAUGUGCGCACUCUCUUUGACCCCUUAAUUAAAGCUGGUAUUUUAGGUUUAAAUUUUGGAAUCUUGUGGUGGGUUUUAUGUCAGAGCAGCAAUAAUGGCUUCAAGUGGGUAGUUGUUCUUGUAUUUGUGGAGGGGUUGACCUAAAUUUAUUGUCUUGAUUUGGGUUUUCAUAUAGUUUUCUCAAGUGGGUUAGAGUUCAUUUCGCUUCGUUUUCGUUUCGUAAUGUGGGUUUUGUUCCGAUUGAUUGAUGCUAGAUUUGGGGUCAGGGUUUGUGAAGUUGAGUUCUGUUAAGUUGUGCGAUCUUUUAGGGUUUUUAGUUUGAUUUGUGUUCCGUUGACUUGUCAACGUGCAUUGGUGAAACAGUGGGGUUUAUUGUUGUCGGUGAUUAAAGGUUUGCAGUGUGUAGAGGGUUUGAUUUUGUAUCUUCAGCAGCAAAAAUGGCUUGUAUGAAGUUGGGAUCUAAAGCAGAUGCAUUCCAGAGACAAGGCCAAGCUUGGUUUUGCACAACUGGUCUCCCAAGUGAUAUUGUGGUUGAAGUAGAGGAUAUGUCCUUCCAUCUUCAUAAGUUCCCUUUGCUCUCAAGAAGCGGGGUUAUGGAGAGAUUAAUAGCAGAAGCUUCCGAACAAGAAGACAAAGUAUGCACCAUAACCCUCCCCAACAUCCCUGGUGGGGCCAAAACAUUCGAACUCGUUGCCAAAUUUUGUUACGGUGUAAAACACGAAAUCACCGCCUCAAAUGUCGUCCACCUCCGGUGUGCCGCCGAACACCUCGAAAUGACCGAAGAAUACGGCGAAGACAAUCUAAUUUCACAAACCGAAACAUUCUUCAAUCAAACCGUUUUAAAAAAUUGGAAAGAUUCCCUAAAAUCCCUCCAAUCCAUUCCCGAUCUCCCACACGCCGAAGAACUCAACAUCACAAAACGGUGCAUUGACUCGUUGGCGGUCAAAGCAAGCACGGACCCGAAUCUAUUCGGUUGGCCCGUGGUGGACCACCGUGGGCCCAUGCAGAGCCCCGGUGGUAGCGUGUUAUGGAACGGGAUUAGCACCGGGGCCCGUCCGAAAAUCGUGAGCUCCGAUUGGUGGUACGACGAUGCUUCAUCUUUAAGUUUACCACUUUACAAACGGUUAAUUUCGGCUAUGGAAGCCCGUGGAAUUAAACAAGAAAUCAUCGCGGGGUCUCUUGAAUAUUACGCGAAAAAGUACUUACCCGGGUUGACUCGCCGGAAAAGUGCUCCGGCGGGCCACCUGGCGGAGCCACCACUGGAGGAAGAUCAAAAGAUUUUACUCGAAGAAAUCGACCGUUUACUUCCGGUCCAAAAAGGGCUCGUGUCAACCACCUUUUUAUUUGGGCUUUUACGGACCGGGUUGAUUUUACGGGCCAGCCCGAGUUGUGUAUCGAAUUUGGAAAAAAGAAUCGGGCUGCAACUUGAUCAGGCGACACUUGAGGAUUUAUUGAUGCCAAAUUUUUCUUAUUCGAUGGAGACUUUGUAUAAUAUUGAUUGUGUGCAACGGAUGCUUGAGUAUUUUAUGGCUAUGGAUCAAGCAACGGGUGGUGCGUCUCCUUGUUCGAUUGAAGAUGAUGAACAGUUGUUGGGUUCACCAUCUUUGACCCCGGUUACAAUGGUGGCUAAGCUUAUUGAUGGCUAUUUGGCUGAAGUUGCACCCGAUGUUAAUUUGAAGCUCCCAAAAUUUCAGUCUCUUGCGGGUGCGGUUCCUGAGUAUGCUAGACCGUUGGAUGAUGGAUUGUAUCGUGCAAUUGAUAUUUAUUUGAAGUCUCACCCAUGGUUAGCAGAUUCGGAUAGAGAACAACUCUGUAGACUCAUGGAUUGCCAAAAACUAUCAUUAGAAGCUUGCACACAUGCUGCACAAAAUGAAAGAUUGCCAUUAAGAAUCAUAGUCCAAGUUCUUUUCUUUGAGCAGUUGCAGCUCCGGACAUCAAUCGCCGGAUGUUUCUUGGUGUCUGACAAUCUGGCGGACGGGUCACGGCAGUUAAGAAGCGGGGUGGUUUCCGCCCAGGAGGGUGGCGGUGGUGGCUGGAACACAGCGGUGAGGGAGAAUCAAGUUCUGAAAGUUGGUAUGGAUAGUAUGAGGAUGAGGGUGUCUGAGCUUGAAAAAGAGUGUUCGAAUAUGAAGCAGGAGAUUGAGAAACUGGGCAGAGGUAAGGGUGGUGGCGGCGGCGGUGGUGGUGGUGGCGGCAGCAGUGCGUGGGGUAACAUGUCGAAGAAGUUUGGGUUUAAACUCAAGUCUCAAAUGUGUAGUGCACAAGAGGGGAGUGUUAGCAAGCAGAAUAAUGGAAGUGGGAAGAUUGAAAAGGGUAGAGAGAAGCAACAUAAGCAUAAGAAAGAUUUGUCUUGGGCAGGGUAAAAUUGGAAAAAAAAAUGUUGAAAUUGGAGAAAAAAGAUAUUUGUUUGGCAAUUGUACUAUCGAGUAGAAUGACGAUGUGACAUUGGUGUCUGAAAUGUUGGUUUUUGGUUGGAAGGUAAGAAAGGUGGGUAAAUGGUGAUCCGUGAUCAUAAUAUUUUGAUAUAAUGGUCAAAUAAGUAAAUUUAACAAUAC